GGGCCAGGGGCGAGGCCGCCGGGUAGGAGGCCUGGAGGCGAGAGGCGCGGUCCGCCCGCGCAGCCAGUGCGCGGCGGUUUGGGGUGCCGCGCGGUAGCGCGCCCUUUUGCGCCCCGGCGGCCAGAGGUUUGCUGCAGCGCUUUCUCUCGAUGCCGAGCGAGCCCCAGGCACCCUCGCCGGCCACACACUUCUUUCUCACGGUGGAUGAGGUCGCCUGCAGAUCCGGGCUGGACCUUAUGGGCUGCCCAGGUGGAGCGGGUCCUCCCCGUCGUCCUCCACUCCAGACAAUCAACCUGACCAGGGCUCAGCCUCCCCGUCCCUGUCCUUCAUCCGCCCGCUGAGGAGUAGCAGAGUGCUGUAUGAGUUGGGAGUUGGGGACCCCUGACCCAAACCCAACUGCCCUUGUGCACAGGAAUUCAGAGAAGACUUGAGUGACUAUCGGCUGGAGUCAUCUGGUGACUUCUUCAAUUACAUGUCUGGCACCUGGGCUGGGAUGAAUGAAGGCUGGAUUCAUCUGGGACUGUUGACUUGGGUAUCUUGGACUCUCUGCGUGGCUUAUUACAUCAUGGAAGCUGGUUCCGAAAGGAAGCCUCUGGAGAGCAAAUUUUCUAAGACAACCAGUUGGAAGCUGCUUAGUUUUCCAUGACCCAGUCUUGGUGGCCACAUCGCGUCACUUCAGCCGAUCUCUACUGAUUUUUUUAAAAGCCUCAUGGGACAGCACUGUUGCUGAAUGCCUGGUACAUAUAAGAAACUUGACUGCAUGAAAGGCAUUUUCCAAACACAGUAUGUUACCUGGAAUCCAAGAACUAAAUGAGCCAGACUUUCUUUAAGUCUAAAUGUGCUGUUCUCCAUGUGAACUGACAACUCUCAGGGCCACGACGGUAGAGAAACCAUGACUGCUUGAAGCCUGGAAGACUGCCCUUAAUUAAGGAAAAUCCCUGAUUGUUGUUUGAAAUGCUGAGAAAGUUGCUGCGGAGGAGACUUUUCUCUUAUCCCACUAAAUACUUCUUCCUCCUUCUUGUUUUUUCCCUAGUCACCUUCUCUGUUUUAAGAAUUCAUCAAAAGCCCGAAUUUAUAAGUGUUGGACAUUUGGAGCUGGUUGGAGAGAAUCCUAGUAGUAAUAUUAAUUGUACCAAAGUUUUACGGGGGGAUGUAGAUGAAAUCCAAAAGGUACAGCUUGAAAUUCUCACAGUGAAAUUUAGGCAGCGCCCUCGGUGGACAACCAAUGACUAUAUAAACAUGACCAGAGAUUGUAAUUCUUUCAUCAAGAGGCGGAAAUAUAUCAUGCAACCCCUUAGUAAAGAAGAGGAAGAGUUUCCCAUAGCAUAUUCUAUAGUGGUUCAUCACAAAAUUGAAAUGCUUGACAGGCUCCUGAGAGCCAUCUAUAUGCCUCAGAAUUUCUACUGCAUUCACGUGGACAGAAAGUCAGAGGAUUCCUUUUUGGCCGCGGUGAUUGGCAUUGCGUCCUGCUUCAGUAAUGUCUUUGUGGCCAGUCAGCUGGAGAGUGUGGUGUAUGCCUCGUGGAGUCGGGUUCAGGCCGACCUCAACUGCAUGCAAGACCUCUACAGGAUGAGUGCAGACUGGAAGUACUUGAUAAAUCUUUGCGGUAUGGAUUUUCCCAUUAAAACCAACCUGGAAAUUGUCCGGAAGCUCAAGUCGCUAAUGGGUGAAAACAACCUAGAAACUGAGAGAAUGCCAUCCAAUAAAAAAGAAAGGUGGAAAAAGCAUUAUACAGUUGUUAAUGGGAAGCUGACAAACACGGGGACUGACAAAAUGCACCCUCCUCUCGAAACGCCUCUGUUUUCAGGCAGUGCCUAUUUUGUGGUCAGUAGGAUGUACGUGGGGUAUGUGCUAGAGAAUGAAAAAAUCCAAAAGUUUAUGGAGUGGGCUAAAGAUACAUACAGCCCGGAUGAGUAUCUCUGGGCCACUAUUCAGAGGAUCCCUGAUGUCCCAGGCUCACUGUCCUUAAGCCAGAAGUAUGACAUGUCUGACAUGCAUGCAAUUGCAAGGUUUGUCAAAUGGCAGUAUUUCGAAGGGGAUGUUUCCAAGGGUGCCCCCUACCCACCCUGCAGUGGGGUCCAUGUGCGUUCUGUGUGCGUGUUCGGAGCAGGGGACUUGAACUGGAUGCUACGCAAGCACCACUUGUUUGCCAACAAGUUUGACACAGACAUUGACCUCUUUGCCAUCCAGUGUUUGGAUGAGCAUCUGAGACAUAAAGCCCUGGAGACAUUAAAACAUUGAUGGUUCAUUUUAGUCAACUUUAGAAAUGAGAAGACGUGUGCAUGAGAUGCACCCUACCUGAUUCUUCUGCCUGGUAAUAAACAGAGAAACUAUAGGGGGUGCUCUUUGGGUUAGGGACCUCCUUGAAGCUGUGUGAUUUCUGCCCAGCACCAUGGAUUAGAAAGGUUAUAGCAUUAAAUGUUGACCUAGAGUUAGCUUGGGGUCAGGGUAGGUUGGGAGGCACUGUGGCCCACGUAGCUGGGGAUGCAGCUGAAUGCAAAAACCAGCCUGUUAAAAGAACUCAGGGACUUAACAAAAUGACCAAGAUUUCAUCUGUGCCAAAAUUACUUUGAGAGCUUUACUUAUGACAAUUUUCUUGAUUUGAAUAAAUUUAUAGCAACAACCAGUUGUAAGGAUAUAAUUUAUCUUGCAGGUUUUAUGUGGUGAAAUAGAAAUUUGACUUUAAAUGGUGCUUGUAAAUAAUUUACUUUCUGCUGUAACAUUGUGUUGGUAGCAUGUCGGUAUGUGUCAUCUCAGGGAACUUGAAAAAAUGGGCUUGACUGAACGUGAAUAUUUCUAAUUUUUGCUUCUAACAAUGUCUA